AUGAAUCCCUCCUUUUUCCCUGGCCGAGGCUGUGGAAAUGGGCUGCUCCAACAAGCCGACAUCCCCGCCAAGUCCGAAGAAAUGCCCGCGUCAGUUCUAGAGCCCUUACAGUCUAGCCGAGAGGAUGUUACCAGUACCAACCCUUUCGAUGACUAUGAAGGGGAUCCCUCGGCUUCCUCUCAUAUCAGCCAGGCGAAGGCAUCCAGCACGGCAUUUGCCGCCACCGGUGACAGCGGAUCGCGUGGCGGGCACAUGAGAAAUGCGGCAUCUUCCGUUUUGUACCCUGAAGGAUUGCCGCGGUUUCUUGGGGUGCUACAACCAACUGUUAGCUUUGGCUUGUACCGCUCAACUUUGAGCCGAGGCAUGGACUUUAUUGCACACUUCGUUGCUCUGACAACUCUGCUUUCCUUUUUCGCGACCAUUCUGGCCAUCAGUUGGAUGCAGAAGCUCUGCCUACCCAUCGCCAAGCAGUGGAAUAGCAACUACACACUCGUAUUCGGAGCCUUUAUGGCCUUAUUGGCAGUUUUUUCAUGGCGAUCUGCAACGAACUUCGACCUAAGGCGAUCCAAAUUCUUCCUGUUUCUCCUGGGAUGGCGCCUCCAUGCAUUGUUGCUGCUUUCGCUUCUCAUGAUACUUAGCCUUGCCUUUAAACCCCAGUUCAACGCGCACGUACAAAAUAGCGUCCGCUCUUGCAUGCUUGCAAGCAACAGUGCCGAAAGCUCUUCAUUCCGCCUGUCGCCCUCCAGCGCCUCUCUUCUGCAGAGUGUUCAACUCUCCGGUCUGCAGGCAAGUGAUGCUCUUCUUCGUGCUUCGGCCAUGCCCAGCAUCACGGAAGAAGGCCUCGGCACACCAGGCUUUUCCGCAAAAGGGGUGCAGUCAGCUUAUCCUGUCGUCGUCUCUGAAAAAGCAACCGACGCCGAACCCACUGGACAGUCCGCAGACGUCAAAAAGGUGGUGAAGCCCUCUCCACUAACUCCGGCAGGCAAGUUGGCUUCGCAACAAGAGGUUGCUUCGCCGGCAGUUUCUGGGCAGGAGCCGGAGUUGCUGGCAGAAGGCGGAGGGAAGUCUUUCACUGGAGGUACAGACAGCAACCAGCCCAUUGCCGUGGACAGCUCUUCUAGCCCUCCUUCGCAGCCAGAAAGCGGUCAGGAGGAAGGCGAAGCAAGGGUAGCAGACGAAGGCGUAUCUGGCACCGCUAUCUCUGCGGAGCAGCAAGAGAGCCCAGCAGCAGGUGUGUUAACGCCUUCUGGUGAUGGCACCGUGGUUGGCAAAGUUCCCGAGGUAAAAGAUGCUAGGAACGCUCCUGAACAGGGGUCUCCCCUUCAGGCAGACACAGCGACGGCACCGCCAGAUAGCAGUGCUCAUCAAGACGAAGCACCAGACUCAACAGCAGCAGCAGCAUCAAGUGAGGAGGCGCAGGCGGGUCAUGAAGCCGCCGAUCAGAAACCUGCACAGACACUGGAGCUUGAGAAGCAACGGGCGCGGCUGGAGGCGGCGCAGCACGCGGCUGUUCAAGAAGCCAAUGCCUUCGUGCUUGUUGCUCUGGUCGUUGCGUCUUUUGCGCUUGUGUUUGAGCUCUAUCUGAUGUAUGCCUGCUGGAGCUUCAAGGUGUGGAUGGAACGAGGCUACGAGAGCGUGGUCUUAGCAGGCGUUGCCCCAUUCGCAACGGCGGAUGCAGGCGACGGAUGGCUCGCUUAUGCAGUACGGAUGCCUCAAUCCGUUCAAAUGGAAACCUAUGGUGCCGAUGCGGGUAGGCCAGGGCGGCUGCCGCUGUUCUUGCAAACGACGGAUUCUUUUGACGGCUUCGCUCAUUUCGGCCUCCCGAUGACAGGACGCUGGUGA